AUGGCAGACUCAUCCUGGGACGCGUUACGGCGCAAGACGCGUCAGCUGGAAACCACGAUCGAUGCGCGGCUCACCACCUACUCGUCGCUAGCGUCGCAGAUCGCGCGCACUGCCGACCCCUCGGCGGGCGUGUACGCGGACCAUACGACGUUGGACAUGGACGGUACCUCGCGCACACAUGACAGCGAGCGCGUUGAGCUCGAAACGGAACUGGACGGGCUGAUCGGUCAGCUCAGUGAAGCAGUAGAUGCUUUGACCGCAAAACUCGACGAUCCAGAUACACCGCCCAGCGCAGCACAGUUGCAUGCGGUUCAACGGCAUAGGGAAGUGCUGUUCGACUUUACACGCGACUUUCGCAGAUCAAGAUCCAACGUCAUACAUGCGAUCGAUCGCAGGGAUCUUCUAGGCAAUGUCCAUGGAGAUAUAAACGCGUACAAGGCGGCACAUGCAAGUGAUGCAGACGCCCUACUGGCUGAACGCGGACACAUCGACAAUUCACACGCCAUGAUCGAUAGCACUCUAGAACAAGCCUACGCAACGCGCAGCGAAUUCGCAGACCAACGCAACGUCCUCUCGUCCAUCUCGACACGCAUGUCGUCCACCGCCGCACAGGUACCCGGCAUCAACAGCAUCAUCACCCUCAUCGCCCGCCGCCGUCGACGCGACUCGGUCAUCAUCGGCUGCUUAAUAGGCUCCCUCACCGUCCUCCUCCUCAUGUUCACCUUCCGCUAG